ACGUUCAUGGCUACCGCUGUGAAACUUUUUGAAAAUAUAACCUGUACGUUAAUCAAGGAUAACCUAUAUUCCCUGUCAGAUUUCUCUGAUACGAAUAUCAUGGGGACUGAUAAUUGAUACGUAAAUCUGCAAUUAUAAAAAGAUCAAAAAAUGGCAAUGACUUCACGUCUGGUUUUCCGCACUGUAAACAGAGCAUUUUGCCACACCGGCUCAAGACAUGUGACUAAUCUUAACUCAGAUACGAAAGAAUCAGAUGCCAGCUUGACGAAGGAUUGGGAAGUGGAAUUACACAAUACCAUGAAAAUUUUGCCAAAUUUCGUCAGUGAGAAGGAAGAAGUGACUUUAAUACAGGAGAUUGAGCCUUAUAUGAAGAAAUUGCGUUACGAGUUUUCACAUUGGGACAAUGCGAUACAUGGUUACAGAGAGACAGAGUGGAGGAAAUGGAACGAAGAUAAUUCGAAGAUUCUUGACAGGGUUCGUAAAACAGCAUUUCCACCGGAAAUAGCACAGCUCUCACUGGUACACAUAUUGGACUUGUCAGCUGAAGGAUGGAUAAAGCCUCAUGUUGAUAGCAUCAGGUUUUGUGGAGGAAUUAUCGCAGGUUUAAGCCUACUGAGUGACAGUGUAAUGCGACUGACAAUGGUGGAUCACGAGAAGGAAUGCAUGGAAUGUUUCCUGCUGCCGAGGAGAUCGCUGUAUAUUAUGAGCGGCGUUGCGAGGUACAAAUACAACCACGAGAUCCUUAAAACCGAGGAAUCGAACUUCGAGGGACGACACGUGCCGAAGAGUAGACGCAUAUCCGUGAUAUGCAGGAGCGAACCUGAUCCUGAAAUUAGCUAGGACUGUGCGAUCAGGAAUGUGUUAGGUCUCUUAAAACUCCCCGUGUAAAUACCAUUGUAGACAUUUCGUCGUAGUUAGCAAAGAUAAGAUUUCUGAUAAGAAAUAAAUAUAUCCGCAAGAA